AUGGCAAGGAACCAAGAUGCCGUGGCCGAGGAGAGGAGGUUGGCGGCCAAAGAGAGGAGGGUGGCGGCCGAGGAGAGGCAGGUGGCUUUGGGGGAGAGGAAGGUGAGCAAUGAGGAGCGAACUAGAUUGUUGGAAUGGGAGAAGCACUUGUUCUUCUUGGACACAUCUAACCUCAAUGCGGCGCAAAAGGAGUAUGUCAAUCUUGCCCGUGAAGACGUCUUGAUCCAAAAAAGAGCCAUGGUUCGUUCAAUGGGUGGCGGCGGCCUCGGCGCAAUGGGUGGUGGUGGCCUCGGCGCCAUGGGUGGCAUGGGUGGCCUCGGCGCCAUGGGUGGCUUCGGAGGUACCGUGGGCGGUGCAAUGGGAGGCAUUGCUGGCUUUGGAGCACCCCCCGACGCUAUGGCCACCAUGGGAGCCAUGAGUUUUGCUUCUCUCAUGGGAGGCAUGGGUGAACCUCUGGCCGCCAUGGGCGGAAUGUCUUUCGAUGUGCCUCCUCGCACACAUUCCCAUGAAGAUGCCAUUGAAGAUCUUGCCAACACCGUCGGAGCUUCACGUGAUGCGGUGCGCGAUGAGGAGAGGGAGGAAGAUUCAUCUUCGGAGGCGGAAGAAUCGUCUUCCGAAGAUGAGGACGAGGACGACGACGACGAGGAAUGA